CCCUUGAAUAUGAUGCUAGUGAGCUAUUACCGUCUCCACUCAAACUAGUCCUUCAUCUCUAUUCAUCUUCUUCCUAUUUUGUUAAUAGUUAGCAUCCCGUAAAGUGAAUCGCGGAUUGAAAGCACCAGUCUGGUUAGCGUUCCUGGAUGAGAUUCAAAAUAGCGCCGUAUUGUUGAAGAUAUAUCAGGAAGGUCACUGUGGAUAUGGUACUCUUCAUUAUUGGCCCUACUACGCAGUUUUCCGCAACUUAACUUUCGAAAUCCAAGCUUCACCUACCAAGAACGAUUCCGUUGAAUACUUGAUAUACCCCCCUGCCCGACGCAGCGCUCGUUAUUGUCUCUAGCAAACCAUGAGUCUACCGAAAGUUACUCAAGUCCGCCGCCUUGAUGCAGGCUCUAUGCACCUCCCCUCUCACCUGUUCAUCUCUGAAGCCCCGCCAUCGGGUGAGAACGAGCGUCUCAGCCCCUCCAUGGCCUGGCUCAUAACGCAUCCUUCGCAAGGCCACAUUCUCUUCGACCUUGGCCUUAACAAAGAUACGUCAACCUACCCUCCGGCAGUUCAACAUCGCCUGAAGACCGUCAUUUCCACAGAUGUGUCAUUAGACGUCUUCGAUAGCCUCAAAGCCAAAGGCGUCGAGCCUGAGGAUAUCAAGUGGAUCAUUCUGAGUCAUCUGCAUUAUGACCAUACGGGUGUCCCGAAACGGUUCAAGAACGCGAAGGUACUCGUUGGCCCGGGUGCAUUGAGCCUUCUUACUGGAGACACGGCAUAUCCCAAGGACCCAGAGAGCAUUUAUGAUUCAGAUUUAUUCCUCCCUGGCCAAGCAACCGAGCUCCCGGCUCCCGAAAGCAAUCCGCUUGACGAAUCCGGCCAACCGUUCUGGGAACGCGUCGGCCCAUUCCCGGAAGCUCAUAAACUAUUCGCGGAGAACUGGAUCUACAUCGUCAACUCGCCCGGGCAUCUAGCAGGCCACAUCAAUCUUUUCGUGCGGGCGAGCAGUAACAAGUGGGUGUUUCUCGCCGGCGACACAUGCCACGAUGUGACGAUCCUCGAUGGAACCUCAGAUGUAGCGUUCUACCCCGACCCGUCUGGGAAAGGGAUGAAGUGUGCGCAUCAGGAUAAUGAGGAAGCGGAAGUUCACUUGAAAAGAGUCAGGAAGUUCAGAGAUAUGGGCGUAGAAGUCAUAUUGUCUCAUGACUGGAGAUGGAUGGAUCAGAACGCGGAUAGGUUCCAGUGACUGGAGGAAGAGUCUGCCACGGCUAUCCCUUCUUCCGUAUCGCAUUCUGCGGGUUCUCCGUUUCUUGCGAACUGAAGUCAUUGAAACCUGAAUUGAUAAAUGAGACGAAAGUCAAAUACGCAUAUAUUUACUAGACCGCCAUACUGGUCACAUAUCGAGAAUGUGCUGUUUUGCCCAACUUCUACCAUUUAUGGACCACCUUGAGAAUGCUAUUCUGAGUUUCUGACGGUAUCGUAGAUGGUAUUGUUGAAGCAAUCCCAUGACCU